AUGAUGAUCAAACUGUUCGUAACCGCCAUUGCCAUCGCCGUGGCGGUAACCAUCGCCAUUUCGACGACAAAAAACAUCGACAACAGUAACGCCGCCGUGGUCCAAGGGGACACGGCGGCGGCGGCGGUUGUGCCGUCGAGAAGAGUGAGCCGUUUCCUGGCGGAGGAGAAGAAUCCGAGAGCGGCGGACCACUGCAAGAACGACGACGAGAUCUGCUACGCGCUGGAAGGGAAGAACUCUACUUGCUGCAACAACAAAUGCAUGGACUUGGGCUACGACAAACACAACUGCGGCGCGUGCAAGAACAAAUGCAAGUUCACCACCACUUGCUGCCGAGGCGAGUGCGUGAAUCUGUCCUACGAUAAGCGCCACUGCGGCGCUUGUAAUAGCCCCUGCAAGAAUGGCCGCUACUGCUUUUACGGCUUGUGCGAUUACGCCUGAUGGUCGAUACGAUAAAGGUGGUCCAACAUUAUUCAUACUUACGCUGUUCAAUAUAUAAUUAUAAGGUUGGUGAUACAUAUAUAAUUAAUUAUAUUGUUCAAUCAAUAAAUUUGAAGCUCCCAAGCUCGA